CAACCAAUAGUGAUAUCCUAUGGUGUCCACUUUCUAGGUCCAUCGACUAUUGCCGUCGAUUUCUGCAUGGGUUUAUAUUACCAUGCAACGGAGGUGCCUUUCAAUAAAACGAUCCUUCUAUUCUUAAUUCCAACACCAUGAAACUACAUUUCUGAUCCCGCAGGACUAUUCCGGGUCCCUCCGUCCAAAAUGCGGGUGUGUCCUAGUCUCCUAAACAAAGCAAUCAUGGCAGAUCGCGCGUCAAGCGCCCACGCUCAACCGAAGAGCUCGUUCGGCGCGCGACUCCAAAGUCCAUUCCACCUGAGGCCCGCCGACGACGACGAGCCGCAAAACUGGUGGAUCGCAUCGACCGCAAUCCCGCUGAUUGCUGCGACCACGGCGCCCCUGGCGAAUGUCAUGUCGAUAGUGGCGCUAGUUUCCUCCUGGAAGGUGACACUUCUAACCAAGACCGAUUCGUUCGGGCAGCCCAUCCAGAAACCCUUGGCAGACCCACGAUGGUGUAUAGCUUUGAACUCGACGUCGCUGGCCUGCGGCUUGGCAGGGAAUUUGUUCCUGUUGUUCAAUUUCACCCGGACCGUGCGGUACAUUAUCGCCUUGCCGGUCUCGAUUGUCCUCUGGUUCCUUUCGACGUCGAUUCUGAUCGGCAUCACGGCUGCGAUGCAUAUCUACGCGCCGCCCGUGCCCCCCGAUCAGACGUACUCGCAGGCGUACUGGAGUGCGGUCAUCGCCGCGGUGCUCUAUUUCAUACUCGGUGUGAUACUGAUGAUCAACAUGCUGGGAUAUGUGCUGGGCCACUAUCCGCAGUAUUUCGCUCUGACCGACGGCCAGCGCACGCUCAUCCUGCAGACGACCGCCUUCGUGGUCUGGCUGAUCAUCGGGGCUGCGAUCUUCAGCAAUGUGAUAGGCAUAUCGUUCGCAGACGCGCUAUAUUUUUCUGAUGUCACGAUCCUUACAUUAGGAUAUGGCGACAUCACUCCUACGACGCCUGUGGCCAGGGGCCUCGUCUUCCCGUAUGCGGUCAUGGGCAUGAUUAUCCUGGGUCUGGUGGUCAACAGCGUGCUGCAAUUCGCGCACGACAUCCAGUACAAACAGGUCAUCCGCAAGCACGUGGAGCGCAAACGCCAGGCAACAGUCGACCGUUCCGUGUCCGUUGAACCGGGAGUAGGAUCUCAGCUCGAGUACAAACCGCGACACUCCGGCCGGCCGAUACGAAGCACGAUCGGCGCCCUAUCCAUAAUGGGCCGCCCCAGACCGGUAGUAAUGAAAGAGGAGAAGGACCGAUUCGACGCGAUGCGGGCGAUCCAGCGGGAGACGCUGUUCUUCCGACGAUGGUACAACCUGGUGCUGAGCGUGAUCAUGUUCGGGAUCGUGUGGACGAUCGGGGCGGUGGCGUUCUGGAAGAUGGAGGACAUCACGUACUUCGAAGCGCUGUACUACGGAUUCUGCUCGCUGCUGACGAUCGGGUACGGCGACAUCACGCCGUCGACGAACGCGGCCAAGCCGUUCUUCAUCGUGUGGUCGCUGGUCGCCGUGCCGACGAUGACGACCCUGAUCUCCGAGAUGAGCGACACCAUCGUCGCGGCCUUCAAACACGCCACCGACAUCGCCGCCGACUGGACCGUGCUGCCACAGUCGGGCCGCUACGCCAAAUUCGUCCGCAAGAUCCCGCCGCUGUACACGGCGCUCAAACACCGCGAGGAGCACAAACGCCUCGCCGAGGGCUUUCCCGUUGGGCCUGCCGCUGGAGAUGGGGACGCGGAAACGGGCGCCAAGGCAUUGUUCCCGAGCACAAGCCACCAGGACGGCGACCCCCAACAACAAACAACCCUCAAUACCCUCGCCGACGACCCCAACUCAACUCCAACCGGCCUCCAACUCGCACAGCAACUCGCCCUCGCGAUCCAGCGCACCACCCGCGACGCACUCAACGGCCAACCGAAGCAGUACACGUACGAGGAAUGGGUCGAGUUCACGCGGCUGAUCCGAGCGACGGACCCGGGUUCAUCGGGGGUCGAGCUGCAGGAGGACGAGUACGGCGUGCUGAACUGGGACUGGAUCGGUGCGACGAGCCCCAUGCUCGCCAGCCAGACAGAGCCGGAGUGGGUGCUGCAUCGGUUGUGCGAGAGUAUGAUCCGGUGUUUGGACGCGAGUGCGAAGCGGUCUGCCGAGGGUUGUGGGAGGGAGGGGGAGGAUGAUGAGCCGACGCUGCGGAAGGAGCGGGCCAUCACGUUCGCGGAUGGAUGAUUUUACCGG